AUGAAGGCACCGAGCGCCUCUGGUAAGGAUGAUGAGGUGGCAUCUGCAGGAGACUUGAGGAUUGCGAACUUCUUGUCAUAUCUCAGCUCAACGGCUUUCUUCUGCUAUCAACACCACAACCACACCACACCGCACAGCAUCACACCGGAUGUCUCGGUUAUGCUAAUCUACUUAUUUCCUCUCCACUCGAUCCGCGUGCCGUUCACAUCAUCCUAUACUGAACUGAACUCCUCCAUCGACCGAGUCCGAUACGACAAGAGCAAGGAAGGCUCGGGUUCAGGAGUUAGGGCUGCUUUCGAGAAGAGAGGGACAGACGGAUACAAGCGACUGAGAGAGACAGAGUCAGACUCAGACUGCAUAAGCCCGGACGAUAUAGGGCAGAAGAUUUCUAGAGAUUCAGUGGUAGACGACAGAUUCGUCUGCGCUGGUCUCGGUGUGUGGCUUGCAAUGCUCGGAAGAGGCCGCAAGAUACCUACAGACGAGCACGCAAGAGAGAUGCACUGGGCUUCUAUUCUAGUCAAUGGAUCUGCGGGUGUGUUGGGGGCCCACGCGAGAGGAUGCGACGGGGAUGCUGCUGGCUGGGUGAAUGAGGCUCAUCUCGGGCAUCGACUCGGGAUGCUGGCAUUCACUUCCGAGCGGCAGAUUGCAUCGCAGACUCGAGCAUCACCUGCAAACAUAUCUUGCCCUGUACAUCCGACAGAUCAGAUCACCCAGGUGUUUGCUGGGUGCGAGAUGACUCCCCCGUUGCGGCCUCCACGCAGAAGCAGACAGCCCACACGGAAGAAGAAUGACAGCACUGACGCGCCCUAUCCAGCAGAUAUCCAAACGAUUUCUUCCCUGCGAUCAUCGCCGCCUCCCGCUGAAGCGGCAGAGGACGGAUACGCCAGCCUCCCACAGGAGCGGCUGGGAGAGCAAAAGGGGCAGCAAGGCCCAGGCCAGGGACAAGAACAGCCCGGAGCAUCAGGCUCGCCUGGAUUUUCGACCAGCUCAACCGUCGACGAGAGCCUAGGCUCCUCCCCCAUCCUCCCACCACUUCCAGCACCGACUUUUCGCGGUCGCACAUUCGAGCCUCGACCCAACAGGACGCCUUCCGGGUCUCCAAGCAGCAGCUCGCACUACUAUACCGCCAGCUGGGGCUCUCCUUACCAGCAGCCUGAUAUCCGGUCCCUUCGCACCAUCUCCCACAGCCACAGCAACACCCUCUCCAGUGAGACCUCCGAAGACUCUCCUAUCCGCCAUCUCGAAUUCCACACGCCGUUCCUGCGCCCCGCGCCAACCUUCGCGCGGCUCCACAGCGAUCCUGAAUUCGUCUCGCACGACGGCCUCAUUAGCGCCGCUGUUCUCGCAAACCGCGCACGCAGGCCAGCGACCGGCUUGACGGAGGACUGGAUCCGGCAGCACACGGGAGGUGAACAGGCAGAGCGUAACCACUGGCUCAGUGACAGCGGGCGAUCCUCGCUCAGUGGAUCUGUCGUAUCCGCCGACUGGCUGGGCGAGAACAACACCGAUCCUCAGACCCCGACCCUCAAGACAUUCUGGGAGAGCAAGGAGAAGGCGCAGGGGAGGAAGCAGGGACCACGGCAUAGGAGACAGGCGACGACGGACACGCUGACGCAGAAGGACUUUACUGACGAUUUCCUGGACCACGCGGUUCCGACGAUGUCGCUCGCAAACGACGGAGCAGAGAUGGAGGUAGAUCGACCGCCUACGCCUCCACCGAAGGAGUGGAAUGCCGCUGGAGCCGCUCCUGCGGCAGUGAAAUCCGCGACGCCGGUCCUGGGGCCGCCGAGAGUGAAGAAGAAGUUGCCGUGGAAGGGGAAGAAUAUUACGGUGCUCUUACCGUGGGAUGAGAGGGAGUCGAAGGGUCAGGCGCCCACGCCACUGAACGAGACGGAAAUGGCUGCUAUGCUUAAGUCGUGGGAGGAUCUUGGCUACGAUACUGCGGGCUUCAAUCUUGGGCCCGAAGGGAAUCUUGAUGAGGGCAGUCAGGGACAGAGUCGCAGUCCCUGGCCGUUGGGCCACGAUGUGGUGAAUGAGAGGAUGCAGAAAAAUUACAGGGUCAGCAUCCCUGAUCGCAGAGAAUGGGACGCCUACGUCGAUGGCCUGAAAGAAGCUAAACUCCAAGCUCUCCUCGGAGCCCUUGAAGAGGAGCGUCCAGCCAUCUCCCCAGCGAUUCCUAACCCCCACGGGCGAAGAACAUCAAUGCAAUACCCGACACUUCCCUUUUCACCUCCCUUACCCACAUCUUCUGCGGCAAGCAGUCACCUAGCUCAUCAGCAAAACACCUUCUCCCCAAUGUUAGUCCCCGGUGCCGGGAUGUCAGCAAGCCAGAGCUCAAAUCCCGGCUCCAUAGCUUCUCCCGUCUCCAUGCAUACCCGAAUUGGAUCAUUAGCAUCGCCAGGCCCAAUGCACAUGCCUGGCAAGUACUCUCGUAACCAAUCCAUCUCCUUUGGAGGUAGCGAACACCCCUUCGGCUCGCCGUUCCAAUACCCACAGCAGAACUCGCCUGGGGUCUGGUCGCCGCAACAUAUGCUGUAUGCGCAAGGCGCUGGAGGGAGAAGAGGCUCGCCUUCGUUGCAGAAUUUAGGGGCGGUGGUCUCGCCUGCGUCGCCGUUCUCCCAAGAAGGGUACUUUCCUCCAGCUAGCGAUGCCAUGUCGCAGAUGCAGCAGCGGCAGCAGCUUUUGCAGACGCAGCAUUUUUCGAUGCAGGGUGGUGCGAGGGCUUCCCCGAGAUUGCAAGAGGUUAGAGAGAUGGACGAGGAUGAGGUGUCGUCCGAGAGCCCGUCUAAGACUCCAGAGGCAAGAGAACGAAAUAAUCCUAAUGAUCUACAAAAGGAGAUCGACGACGCGGAGUAUCAUCUGGAAGAGCAGAUGCAACGGGAGCUUGAGCAUGAUGAUUACAGUCCUCAUUCUGACAGGGAUGAGGAUAAGUUUCCGCAGGAAACCAUCACCAAUCAUACGAGGAAUGUCUCUUCAGGGGGUCUUGCCGCCUCGAGAUUUGCGAACGUGGAUUCCCAUGGUCCCGUCCUGCAUCAUCCUCAGCCGCAUAGCAGAGGGCAUUCACUUUCUCAGCGGCCGUUCCAGGAAAGCGAGGAGAGCGCGCACGAGCUUAAGGGGCUUGGUAGGUCAGAUUUGUCGGAUAUCGAGACGGCUCCAAGCAAUGUCGGCACCCCAGCCCAAAGCACCGAGCCGUCUGCCAGCGGACAUGACAGAUCCUUCUCCGCAGUCAGCAACCCGUGGGCGGACCCGGUCGCUACCAAUUCCGAAAACAGCACGGGUCAUGCUCGCGGCCACUCUAUCAAAGCCUCAACGUCGACCCUUAACGUCGGGGCCAAGGAGUUUACCUUCAAUCCCGCCAACGCCUUCAAGCCAACCCAGUUCUCCUUUUUAAAUAGCUUCCAGUCCCCUGCCAACACCUUCACGCCCUUCCAGAAUCCUGUCUCUGGUUUAUCUAGCCACUUCAGCAACCCCUCUAUUGCGAGCUCAAGCUCGAAGAGUAAGAUUAAUGUAUCUGCCCCAGCCUUUACGCCGGGACACAAGGAUUUCAACUUCUCUACCUCGGGCCCAGCAUUCCGUCCCGAUGCCCCUGCUUUCACGCCCCUGACAACCUUCCCUGAUUCCGUCGGUGCCGGCAGCGAGGCGCCCCACGCCUCCAUCUUUGGAGAUAUUGAUCUCACCACAUUGGGCAUCUCGAAGCCAGUAAAGCAGAACAAAGCCAUCCCGAUCGUCAGACCGGAUAGCAGCCACAAGUCUGUCGAGAAUGAAGACGUAGAAGACAAAGACGGUAGAAUCACCCAGGGCGGGGGCCGGUUUAAGCGAGCGAGGGGCAGCAAGGACGACGGUGACUCCAUACCGUUGUUUGCGGAGCCUAGUAUGCCACUCCGCGAGACUUCGCGCGGACAAAGCCCGCCUAAGGACACUACUGCAGGCUUGCCUAAUGUAAAGGCUGGGAAGGAGAACUCGGCUCCUGACGAAGAUUCGCUCGAGGAAGGCGAAAUUACCGAGAAUGUGGGAGGUAAAGACUGGUCGCCCUGGGAGUUCCAUGAGAAAAAACAAGCGGAGGACUUCAACGCAGCCAGACCUUUCACGUCAAGCAAGUACGGUUCCGGUCUGCCCGGGUACGGCAUCUUCGAUGAGUCAGGAGGCGAACCUGCUGGCCCUGAGCAGGAGCCGGAGAAGGGGAAGGGACAUAAACAGAAUGUUUCUUCGCUGUCCGCCAAGGCUAAGCCAUUUGAGUUCAGACCUGGAGCGUUCAACUUUUCGUUCGGACAACCGUCCGAGUCGGCUCCCAAGGCAGUCUCUGUACCUCCGGUGCCGCCGCCUGUGCGUAUCAGUGCCGGGUUGUCUGCUUCGAAGUAUGCCAGAAGUCCAAGCCCGGCUCCCAGGAUACCCACACCAAUGGCCGAGUCCCCGGAGGCACAUAUGCAACCGUAUGAACAAGCACAGUUCCAAGCUGCUAUUCCACAAGUCGAGAGUCCGUCUCCUUAUCCCUUACAGAUAGAGCCUGGCGAGUCAUUCCAAGAGCAAUCUUUGGAAGACAUUGACGAGGUCAUGCGCUUGAUGAACGAAGCAGAGACUGUACCUAGACAGGAUACAGUCUACCACGCCGAUCCCCCGCGUCAUAUCAACAUGCCAGACAUGGAAAACUCAUCGCCUAUCAGACUCUUGCCUCAAAAUGUUAUGCGUAGCGAUGCGCCUAGCCCCAGUCCCCGACGAUUCCAACCUCUGCCUGGACAAUCGCGGGUCUUCUCACGCGUCAACGAUGAUCCGUUCGUCGCCGAGGACUUGGCAGCGCUCCGUCUCGCGAAUGAUAUGAUGGACAGCCUGCCACCCAGCGAGUGGGACGACGUGCUGAGCGAUACGGAGGAGGCUAAACUGCAGCCGAGAGCACAGUUCUUCGACAAUCACGUCAACGAUCUCGUUGGUGGGCUGCUAUCUCAGCGUAUCGAGCCCCUGGAACGUACGCUGGAGAACAUCCAGAUGUCGCUUGACAUGAUGGCUGCGCGGGGACAGUCUACGAGGAGAGAACGACGCAGUAUCUCUGGUGCACUGAGUGACGCGGAUGACGAGGAUGAUGACGAUCAAAAUCCCAGACGAUCGAUGAGUCCAAAGCGGAAUCAGAAGCUGGAUCGGAUCAAGGCCAUUGUUGUCGAGGCUUUGGCUUCGCAUCAGAGUUCGAGACCAGCUACUGGGACUGAGGACGCUCAGCCUGAUUCGAAGAUUCUGUUACAGGCUAUUGAGGAGAUGAAGGAGCAGCUUGGAUCGUCGAUGCGUCAUGAUCUACGGAUAGAGAACAUACGCAAUAUUGUGGAAGACGCGGUGGGGAAACGUCUUCCCGUUUCGCCGAAACCACUUUCUCAGUAUAUUGAUGAGGCAGCUCGUGAAGCCUCGUUUACUGCAAGAAUCGCAGAGCUAGAAGAGCGUCUCAUGCGUGUUGAUGGCGAUACGGGCUAUCGCUCAACAGACCUAGAGGAGACGUUACUUCGAGCCGACAUGCGGACUGAGGAGGAAACGAAACAGCGUCGUGCUGCCGAAGACCGUCUAGCCGAAGUCCAGAGAUUGCUGCGCAUUUCAUCCGAAGAGGAGACUCGUCUCCGGGAAGCCAUAGACGAGCGCGAGAAAAAGAUUCGAGAAAUCAUCGAUUCCAGCGACGCCAAGGUAAGAAAUGCGGAAGAGCAAUGUGCCAAGACUGAAAUGCGGAUCGCCCUGCUCGAAACCAGCCACGAAAACACGCAGAAGUCCUUUGGAGAUCUGCAAAAUCGCCACGCCAUGACGGGGAGCGAGUUACGGGAUGCCAGACUGGAAAUCCACCGCCUGCAACUGGAAGCCGAGCGCAUCAUCGAGGGAGCUCGACGCCACAGCGAAGACGCCGAGAUGGCCAACGAGACGAACAAGGAGCUGAGACGCACUUUGGAGAGCCUGCGCGCCCAGAUGGAGGAAAGUAUCCGUGUCCGCGAGGGUAUGAGAGGGAGAUUAACCGAGGUGCAGGCCGAGCUGGCGAACGCUGCCCUGUCCAUUACCGCGGAGAACGCUAGUCGCGCCAAGAAGGAAGCCGAGCUUGUUGCACGCCAGGAGGUCCUCGACGCCCGUCUCCAGGCCGAAGCUAGGACCCGCGAGCGGCUGGAACAGGAGAUUGAGCGUUUGGAGAAGGGAGAGAGAGAAGGCAUGCGGGCGGUGAGCGAUUUGAGGAAGAUGGUUGUGGUGCUCGAUGACUUGCGGAAGGAAAACGAUGAGGUGAAGCGGGAGAGCAUGCGGUACAAGCGGGAGUUUGAGGAGGCGAGAGAGAGUGGGAUGAGUGAGGUCCAGCGCACGAGGCACUAUAUGCAAGUUGAGGUCGACACGGCGAAUAACCAAGUCAACGUCGUGCGGGAGGACCUUGAAAACCAGAUCCUGCGUCUCAGGACUGAGAUCGACCAAGUCAAACUCGAUGCGGAUACUACGCGUGCCAAGUCGGAGAUGUUGCUCGAGGAGGCCGAGUCUUCCAAGCAGAGCGAACUCGAUGCGAUGAAGAUGAAACAUGCGGAUGUGCUGGAGGACCUGCAGACGCAGCACGAGCGCCAGCUGAGCAAUGCAGUCGAGGAUGCGCAGAGACAUGAACAGCACCUGCUUGAAAGACUAAGCUUGAGCAGUGCGAAGACGGAGCAUCUGCAGGAUCGCGUCACACACCUAGAGGACAAGCUGGAAGUGGCGAGCCAGGCGGCACGUGCUGCUGCUUCCGCUGCAAAGACUGCCAGAUCGGCGUCGUCGUCUUCGCCGACUGCGCAUGGAACACUUGCGAAGUCCUCGGACUUGCCAGAGAAAAUCUCCCCCCAGGCGCUGAGAGAGAGUAUCAUGGUGUUGCAAGAGCAGCUGCAGGCCAGAGAGUCCACAAUUGAAGACUUGGAACAGCAGCUGAGCACUGCUGAUCCCGAGGCUCCCAAGAAGAUCGAGAAGCGCGACGAUGAAAUAAUCUGGCUCCGCGAACUCCUUUCUGUUCGCAAGUCCGACCUCACGGAUAUUGUGUCCGCAUUGGAGACGGGGCGCUACGAUCCCGACCGCGUACGCGAUGCUGCGAUCCGUCUCCGUGCGAACCUGCAGAUGGAAGAGCAGGAGCGCGAGCGGGCUAUGAAUGGCGGGUCUGCAGUGUCGUAUACAGUCGACGGUAUCGCGAAGGGUCUUCGCGAUGUCGCAUCACCUAGGGUCGCUCAGGCUGUGGGACCUCUGGCAGCGGUAUGGGGUAACUGGAGGAAGGGACGGGCCGUGGACGUCGAUGGCGGAUCCGGGUCCUCUACGCCCUUGAGAACGAACUCGCCUGGCAACCAAAGUUUGUUGACUGGACUCCUGACACCUCCUGCGAACUCGACUCCGCGCACAAGUGACCCGCUUGGGAGCGAGAGUGGUGGUGGGAAACAGCCAAGUGCGUUCGGCAGCACAGGGCAGAGAUUUACAUCUGCGCAGCUAGCCAAUCGCCCACGCAACCCCUCAGCUCGCCCUCUCGAUCGAAAAAACCCAAAUCAAAGUAUGAACAACGGACCUAGCUCCAGCUCUCGAGAGAACCCACCGCUACCCUCGGGCUCGAGACAAUCCCACUCCGUCCGCGGCUCGCCCACCAAAUCGACUACUAGUACCGCUAACACGGUAACUACGCACACGACGCGCGGUCUGCGAGCCGGCAGCGGAAAUUUCAAGCGAGGGACGUUUGGAGGCGGGAUGCUUGGGGGGCAGGAAUAUAGCGUCAAGGGGGCCGGGAUCCGGAUGGGUGUGGGAGGCAGAGAAGGCGUAACAACGCCGCCGAUGAUGCGCACCAGCAGUUAUGAUUUGGAUGCGCGGGCGGAAGAUUUUUCAGAUGCGGGCUUCUACGACGAUGAGAGUUUUGGAGGGGAGGAGGAGGGAGAGGGAGAGGGAGACGCGGAUGAGGGGGGAGAGGCGGGAUUUGACGGUCGUAGCGUAAGAGGGGGUGGGGGUGAGUUGUAUGGGUAG